AUGCUCGCGCUGUCGAUGUCGUCGAGCAUUGCCUCGUUGGGUCUCACUGCAUCGAUGCUGACCGCUCCGCAACUCGUCAACGAAACGCAGAACAGUGGUCAUACGUACCUUCAGAUAGGUGCAGGCCUCUUGCUGGCGUCGAACAGCGCCUGUCUUCUCGCCCUCUUCCUCGAGGUGCUCUUCGUAUCUCACUGCCAGAGGCCCUGGACAGCAUACAUCACCAUCGUAGCAGCCCUCACAGCCCUGGCCGCGUCACUUGCUGGCUCAGUGAUCUGGACCAAGGUCAAACCUUCUGACUACAGCUUCGAAAACGCCAACUUAUUGACGGCACGACCACGGGCACGAGCCUCAGUCGCCCUCGCCAUGACAUCCUCUAUCCUCGUCGUUGUCACGGGCGCCAUCAGAGCAAUCACACCCUCGUCCUCGCAAUCCUCUCGAGCGGGCCGGUCAAGGAGGCGGCGCAGUAAAGCACAGGUAGGACCCGAGUCCACCCCACUCCCCAGCCCGUCGUCCGUCGAUGAAAAGCAGUCGUUUCCCUCGGUCGGCCCUGCAGUACCUCCGACAGUUCCGGCCGUCGCCUCGUGGCCGUCGAUGCUGCCCACCGACGGUGUGAUCACGCCGCCCAGGACUGCCUCCUCAAGGAGGUCUGCGCCAGGUCAACAGCAGCAUAGCCCGUCCAUCAGCUUUGCAGAUGACCGCGAGUCGGACCGAAGGAUCCGCCGACCAAGCCACAGCCACAGCCAUCAAAGUCAAUAUGGCUACUUCAAUCCUGCUCUCGGUGGCGACGCGGCAGCAAGCGGUGGCAGCAUGACGAGCAUGACCUAUAUCCCUAACCCGAAUCCGAAGAAGAAGGAGGCGAAACCGAUUUAUUCAAACAACUAUCACGGUUGGCGGUGA